GUUUAAUUUCACUUUCACUGUGACUGCAUUUCGAGCCGCCGCCGAUUCUGGUGACGGGACGAAGUGCAGUUUGUAUGUGUAGCUGCGCAUCUGAUACGUUACAUCGCAUACGGGCGGAUACGCUUAAUCGAGUGAAAACAUUAAGAGACAUGCAUUAAUCGUCCCUCAUGAGAAGCGCAAGAGGAAACGCGCCGUUCGUUGUCCUAACGGUUUGUCGCUUAAUAAUAUUUUAUCUGUUGCAUUCUACCAACCGUCUGCGGAUAAUAGACUACGUGAGUCUAUUAUCUAUGUCUGCAGAUUCGAUUCGAAUUCGUUGUUUUUGCGCGCGUGUAAGAUAUACCGAUACUUGCCGGAAAUUACGUCUAAAUGUAGAUAAUAGCGGCACGAACGAUGCUGUGCGAUAUUUUACAUUGACAAAUUGUUUCUCUCUUCACGGUAUUUCUCUCGCAAACUCCAAGUUCCGCGAAAGGUCGCGUGUCCCAUUACAUAAAAAUGCAGUCGCUUGCGAGAUCGUUUGAAAUGCGCCUCGCGACUCGCGACAUUACCGCUAAUCAUUGUCAUCAGCUGGUUGGUUUUGCAUUCCACGACGGUGUUCUUAUAUUACAUUCGCGAUACUCCGACCGUCGCCAAGCUGCACUCUUCAUUCAAAUUCUAAUUAAGAAGCACGUCAAUACCUUAAUAAGCACCUAGACGGACACGCCGCGUGUCGUCGCGCAGCUGUCUUCUUCCUCUCCUCGUGCCUUCCGCUCGAAAACACAAAUCGAAUGAGAGAUCGCCGGAGGGCCAAGGUGGCACGGUUAUUCAUGACAAUCGUCCGCGUCAUUACGUUGUCUGUCCGUACAAGGUGUCCGCCUUCGUACCGAGACGCGACGGAGCGAAACGGGACGACCGGUCGCCCACUCGUCGGUGGCCUGGAAGAAGUCCGUGCGGCCGCCGUCCUUCCUGAUCGCGAUGAUAAGCGGAAAGAAGCGAAUUAUCGAAUCCAAGUGAGCGCGGCAAGAGGGAGGCUAGGGGAGAGGGUUCGAGGCACCGGUAGACCAAGGUGCUCGUUCGGUACGCAGGUGGGGAUGAAGGCCGCGCGCUUCGCAAACAUCUCGGCGGUGCACACCUAGACCUACAUAACGAGAUAGCACGCUGCAACGGCGCGGCAACGACCGCGACGACGACCACGACGACUUUUGCACCGCGCGAGACGCACGUGUGCGGUCGGGGACCGGUAGCCGCGCGACUACCCUCAGCUUCCUCGCGACCGAGAUGCGCGUCUCAGUGUACCGAGACACGCGAAACACUGAGCGUUGCUCCGCGCGAGUGGCGCGAAAUCGUCGAUCCGUUUCUGGUGCUGUGCAUCCGAUGGUGACGUCGUCGUUGCUGAAGAGCGGCUUAAUUUAUGGAGAUAGCUAUGUCGCUCGUCGAAAUCACUGACCCAGGCAGCCGGCCAGAGAUGUGGUCACGCACGCGACUCUUCCUCCUGACGUUGACGCUCGUUCUGCUGAUCGGCGCUCAGAUUCGCGUCAGCAGAUCGCAGCGACCGCGACUCGGUAGUGCCGUGAACGUGUUCAGCCGGUACGGUUACCUGAGCAUCAGCAUGCGAGUGGUGCCGCGCAAUGACACGGAGACAUGGGUGUUCCGCGAGCCUAUGCUCGACGUCUUUAAGAACCCCACGCCAAUGCCAAUCAAACAACGUUCGCAGGGCAAGGCCGGCACCGCCGUCUUCGUCGGCGACUUCCACAUGGAGUUUUGCGACAACGUCAGGCAGCUACUACAAGCGUACUUCCGUGACUUCACAUUCGAGAAGCUCGAGAGGCCGUGGCACGCCUUCACUGCAAGUUGGUCGAAAGCUGCGAUAUCUAAGCAUCUCGGCAUAAACGCGUCCUUCAUCACGGGCGAUCACUGUUACGUUUUAGUGCGCGUCGCGAGGUUCCGUGACAAUCAACGACUCGCCGGCACCGCCGAGACAUUGGCUCUUGAUGACUCCGUAUUACAGCAAACUGAGAAUAUCACGAUCGGCGACACCGGGAGCGUUGUACGAUUCAUCAGGAACUUUGGUUCGCACUACAUCGCUUCAUACAUCACAGGAAACUCGCUCUAUCAAGUUUUCGUGUACACCCCGCAGGUGUAUUCGCGCAUAAAGGAGCGGCUAAAGACGCGCGGUGUGGCGGAGUUGUCGUCUCUCGAGCUGGGCAACUAUUUCUCGCCGUGGUACGCGGAGCACAUGGGUUCUAUACAAUCGGCAAGCGGUAACCGCAGCGUAGAGACAUGGGCCGUGCAACAUCUACGAGUGCAACAUUACAUCUUCACUUACGCCAGCCUGCUGAAACUGCACGGCGACACGGCGCUGCUCAAGCAGCUGGACGGCUUGUUGGACGACGAGGCAUUGUUGCAGUUGCAACUGCGGACAUUGGCGCCUGCCUUUAAGGACGCGAAGAGGCGCGAGUGGUUCCUCGAAGUGAUCGAUAAUUAUUUUAAGCUUUGGGAGGUGAAUAUGUGACACGGUCGAUCAUUAUGAGCGAGCUCGAGACUCUCUUAGGAUUCAUGGCAUUUGAGGCCGCGUUUUCAAAGGUCAUUAAACGGCCGUUCUGUAGUGAACGCCGAUGACUCCUCCUAGUAACGUGUAUUUUUUCCGUACGCUCGGAGAAUUAUCAUAAUGCGCCCAUCACGUUAUUUGUCGACGUUACUAUAUAGGUUCCUGUGCUGGACGAAUAUAUUGUCCCACCACACACACACACAUAUACACACAUACAUACAAGAUACAAAAAUGCGCGUCGCAUUUUGUUAUAAAUAAAUAUUUAUUAUUAUAAUCAUUAGUAAAAAACUUGUCUUUAUACAAAUAUUUGUAAUAUAUCACAAGCAUUAUUCGUAAAGAUCUGACUGAAGAACAUUACGUUGCAAUAUGCCGCAAGUUCUUUACCCGAAAACGAUCCACUGUUUAUUACCGCGUCAAUGGGGACGAGAGGUGAUGUGUUUUUUCAGAGUAUAAAAGAGGAUAUAUUUGUGCGUAUCGUUCGUUUCAACUGAUAUGCACCUUCCUACUGUAUGCGAGUGGGCUCAGCGGAUCAUUACCUCGCUUGAGAUACGAAUUUACACAUAUAGUUAAUGUACGUAGUAUCAUAAGUUCUGUCUUUUUUUGAACCAAAAAAUAGUUUUUUUUUUUGCACACUUCUGUGGAUGAGUCGACUGUGGUAAAGAGCGAAGAAUUCACAGGUGAAUCUACAAGGCGACUGUGCAUACUGAACACACACAGACACACACACACACACACACACACAUAUAUAUAUAUAUAUAUAUAUAUAUAUAUAUAUAUAUAUAUAUAGACUGACAUAA